AUGCCGGAUUGCCACGCAGAACGGAGAUGGCGUAUACUUGCUGUGGAAAUAUUAUUCGCUGGGUUGAUAUUUAUCGGCGUUGUGUUCAUCGCUCGACCAGUAUUCUUGAUACCUUUGCAGGAUGAGGCCGAGCCACCUCUCACCGCGGCAGAUAUCCUGGAUUCCCUGGACAAGGCGACUAUCGUCGGAUAUGCUCCUAAUAACAUGCCGCCUUAUGACGCUGUUAUGGCAAGAGUUUCCGAGCUCCUUGGCGUUAAAAUAUUAUCAGCAGAAUCUAUUCGUGAAUUGAACCGUAUUCUGUACGAUCAGUCUCAAGGAAAACAUAUUGUCAACAAAGUGUUUUGGAUCGUGUUCAAUAGGACAGAAAAUGUGCACAAGGUGUCAUUGAAGAGUUCCGAGAUAGGCAAAUAUGGUUUCGGCACGGAAAGAGAAAGGCGAAAUUCUAAUGCUCAUCUUCGCGCCGGCUUCCUGGCGGUGCAAGUAGCCAUCAGCCAGGCUUUGCUAGAGAUUUCCAGUCCUACACCACCACUUUUCGAUUUACGCUUGGUAUCAAUGCCAGUAUCUCCAUUGAUGGAGGAAUCAAAAGUGCUUCGUGUCGUUUCUAUAAUGCUCAUGUGUUUUACAAUAGCACUGAUGCCGCCCGUUAUGGAGGCAGAAUUUCUAGUGAUCGUGGAGACCCGUUCCCAGUUUAAGAACAUGAUUCAGCCUCAUGCGUGGACCUCUUGUGUGUGGUCAAGUCUUUUCACAUUACUGCAAACCUUCUUGGCGGAGUUGAUGGUGAAUCACAAUUACAGUUCGAUGCAAAGCGCUUUCAUAUACAUACUGCACAUGGCCAUACCGCCUUUGGGUUUAUUGAAUGGCUUGGACGAGUUCGCUUUAAUACACACCGGGACGCCUACGGAAACACAAUCAAUGGUGUACACAAUCAUUUCAUGGUUAAUACUGAUAUUCUUGUACUCAACUCUGCUGAUACUGUUGCAAUACACUAUCGGUCAGGAGAGGGCCAUAGGAGGACAAGUGUCGUGGAAAUCGAUUAUGUUUAAGAAAGCAGAGGACAUAGAAAAGUUACGCCCAAUAGAAAUCCCGACUGACACAGGCCGUGAACAUCUGCAAGAAGUGGAUGAAUUUGUCGCCAAGGCUAUAACUUUCAAUAAUGUGUCUAAGAGCAUCAUGCAGAAUACACUAUUACAAAAAGUGUCAUUUGAAAUCUAUCGAGGCGAGUAUACCAUUUUGUUUACUGAAAGAGCACAGGAGAAAAUGAUGAGUACAAUAGAAGAUUUACUUUGUGGAUUAACGUUCCCAGAUAAUGGAACGAUAAACGUCAUGGGCACAGACAUGACGCCAUCCCGGAAUUUCAUGGCGGAACCGUACAUGCUGGGCUACUGUGACAACGGCACUAGCCUCAUCGAUGAUCUCACCGUUGAAGAGCACCUUAUGAUGUUCAUUGACAUCUGCCUUUGGAACGAACACCAGCAAUAUGUCGCAGAGUAUACUCAUCUUCGACUCCAAAAACUGUUGCGGGAAUGUGACCUGGAAGCGGUGUUGAACUAUAGAGUGUCACAGUUAGAUGUUUACUAUCGUGCUCAGCUCUCCUGGGCAUUGGCGUUGUUGAUGGAACCUCGGGUAAUAAUAGUUCCAACUUAUGGUGCCUGUGCUGUGCAUUUUGAUGUUAUAAAGGAUAGGAUAGUGAGUUACAAGAAAUAUGUGACGAUAGUAAAAAUAAGCUUCACUAGCGUGCACCUGGAACAAGCCGAUCGAGUAUUUAUAUUCGACAAACCCAACCUGGCGUUUGGCGGUACACCUGCUUACAUGUUCUUUAAGUAUGGGCGAGAGUAUCGUUUUCGACUCAGUCUACGAAACGUGAAAGACAAAUAUGACGACCGUGCAGUGCAGAUUCUGCAAAAAGCCCAGGAAGCAGGGGCUUCAGUCCGUGCCCAUCUUGGCUCGCUACUAAUUUUGAGAAUACCUGCCACCCCAACAGAGCGAGUCGCUGCGCUUAUUAAGGAUUUUAAUGACAAUGCGCAGAGUUAUGGUAUAAGUUAUAUGAACAUCAGCGUUGCAGACACUGAGGAGGUGUUUCGAAGAAUUUUGUGCGAUGUAAAAGAGAAGAGAUCGACAGACACACGGAGUACACAUUCGCAUCUUGUUUCACAUGUGGCUCUGAAAAAGAUUUCAGAGCCAAGAACCUGGACAAAAAAACUUACGUUUUUUGCAUGCAUCCUUCACAUACGUGUCAUGGGCUGGAAGUUUUUCACAUUUCAUGUCCAUUAUCGGUUUUUUCUGAUUAUUACAGUAAUAGCGGCGAUGGUGACGGGCGUUUUUAUGGGUCUCUCCUUGGCCACCACGCUUACGCAACUCGAAGAAGACAUAAGAUCAUCGCGGUUGUUAUACGGAGAUGUUUUAACCGUUGAAUCUCUAGAUACUGCCACCACGCUAGCGUUGCGUGUAGACGAUCAGAACGAUAACAGUGCCAGAAUAUUAGCGCAUGCUUACGUGUUGUCUGAAACUAAUAGUAGUAAAUCUGCAGUUGACAAAAUGGAAUACGUAGCUGUGUCUGGUACCGAAAGUUUGACAGAAUACCUGGUUACGUGCGCCAUCGAGAGUCCACAGAUUUAUGUGACCAAGUACGCUUACGGGAUGGACGUUAGUGUUGAUGCAGUCCACGCUUUAAAAAUACAGGCUCUGUACAGCCCCCUGCACCCCGACCGCGCGUCUGCGGCACGCUCUCUGGCGAGGGUCUACAUGGCGCUGAUACGCUUUUACACUGGUAUCGUAGACGCCUCCAUCGAGUUCAUCAAUGAUCCUCUCAUUAUGGAUGCCAUUGCGUGGCUGAAAGGCGCUUCCACGCCUCCAUUCCUGAUUGAAUUUCUGUUGAUACUCACUGUCGCUCACAUAACUCUAAUUCCGUCCAAAGAAUAUGGGCUCAUACGACAUACCCAGUCUCAUGCAGCAAACUUUUCCCCAGCCCGAUAUUGGUUGACGCUGUUUUUCUGGGACCUGGUGUUGUACUGCGUACUAGUGAUUUUAAUGACAACUGUCAUGUUCAUCAUCAUGUCCAUGACAGCCAACCCAGAUUAUUACUCCUUUAAAGAUGUCGUGGCUAUACCUUUCAUGCUAUGUAUCUACGGCAUGGGUUGCAUACCCAUCGCUUUCUUCUUCAGUCUGGGACCACGGAGCGCCUUGAAUGCCAUGGCUUUGAUCAUCGUUAGCGUUGUUUUUGGAGAGACAACGAUCAUAGCAAAGUGGUUUUACGGCGACAUUUACAAUUACGCUGUGAACAUAAUGUCGCUAUCACCCCAAUACAACAUGGCCAGCGCUUUCGUUACAUUACGAAAGAUUUUCCUAUACAACAGCGAGUGCAAUAUCUUUCGGGUAAAAAAGUUCUGCUUAAAUAAAGCACUUCAUAAGUGUUGUGAUAAAUGUGGUGUACUUCAAAAGUGUUUCAAACGCAAACCGUGCUUGACAAAUAUCCAACACGAGGUCUUGAGUACUAUUUUUACCGCAAUGUUGAUGAUGUCCCUGCUCCUUAUGUGGGAAUAUAAAAUGAUACAAAGGAUAUGGAAAUGCUCGGUUUACAAUGUGCUGUAUGUAAAUCGAUAUAAACACAAUGAAGAAGACUCAAUAGGAGUGCAGAGGGAAAAGACCGACGUGAUCGCGAAAGAACAUCAGAUUUUGCAGAAAAAGCACACACACGAAAAAGUUGACACCUUUGGUGAAUACAUCCUAGCUGUCAAUGUAAGUAAGACUGAGGGAGGAAUGAAUAAGUUGCAAAAUGUGUACCUGGGUCUGGGCAAAAGCGAGGCGGUGGCUCUGUCGGGGCUUAUGCGACACGGCCGUCUGUUGCUGUGCCAGAUCCUCGCCGGGUACAGAAUGCCCGACGAAGGACACGUCUGGGCCAUGUCCAAUUACAGGCUAAAUUACUCGCCCCACAAAUACGCAAAGAAUGUUUCGCUGUGCUGCGAUCUAGACGCUCUUCCGAAGUGGAUGACCUUGUACGAUAGCCUGACAAUGCUCGGUUUGUUGCGGGGAGUGCCUGUCACGCAUAUCCACCAAGAAGUCGACAACUACAUCAAAGCACUAGGUCUGGGUGCCUUGUCGAACAUGAAAAUUUGCCGUUUAAAACCCAUCGAACAGAAAAGAUUGAACUUCGCAGUUGCCGUGAUAGGGGCACCACCAGUCAUUGUUUUGGACGAAUGCACGGCAUAUCAAAAAUUUGGCGUCCGCCGAGCAAUGUAUUACAUCAUGUACGAGCUGAGGAAACGAGGCCACGCUAUAUUUAUUAGUUCAAGCAACGUGGAAAGCCAUAUGCCUGUGACGCAUAGAUUGGCGAUUCUUCUGGACGGGUCUAUAAAGGACGUAGACCAAGUAAGCUGCCUGCUAAACAGGUACAGCGAGCAGGGUUUCACUGUCGUAGUGCACCUCAAGGACGAAGUGGACAUAGUCCAAAUUUUCAGAAGAUACUUCAACGCUUUCGUCAUUAAUGACACUUCCGAUGUGUUGGUAAACGUGCAGAUUUUGGACAAUGACUUGUCAUGGUCAACGAUCUUCGAAAAAAUGGAGAAGCUGAAGAACGAGAACAGUCAAGUGUAUUCAUACAUUGUAACUGCAAUAACUAUAGAUUACAUUUACAACCGCAUGUUGUCCAGCGGAGCUAGUGCCGAGACUACUACUACCGAGCGUAUCCGACCUUUCUUCAGGAAGUUCUUUCGACCCGAGGCGGAAAUAAAAGUUCCCUUGGACAAGUUAGAACGACUCAAAACAUUCGAUAAGGUUUACGACAUUACCACGUUGACAAAGUUACCUUGGUCCGUCAUUUUCCACCGUUAAUGAGUUUGCAAUUUUUCGUCCGAAUUUAUUGAGGUAGAAAAUGGCAACAAAAGUAUGUUUUUCCGUUAUGGUUUUUCCCGUAUGGGUUAAGGAGUCUUCAAAUUAAAACCUUAAAGAAGCGCUGCAGUAGCGCGGCUAUAGCGCUUUUUUAAUUUUUAGUUCA